ACCGCUAUCUCUCUCUCUCUCUCUCUCCCGCUCGCUCGCUCGCUGACUGCAGUGUGUUUUAAAGCCGUCCUUUCGCCGACUCCCGCACACUUGGCGCGCUCACUGCACUCUUUUUGAACUGUUCAUUACACACGCGCACACACACAGGCGCACUUGGUUUUUGCAGACACCGAGCGCCUGUGUGACUCACCCCUUCCUUGUCUCGCCAGUGUGUGUUCCCGUACUGCAUUGUUCCGUUCCUUUGAUUUUUUUUUUCUUAUUUCGCUGAACAUGGCGACCGCUGCGGUGUCGGCGGCGGCGGCUGCUGCUGCUACGGGCGGCGCCUCUCAUCCCGCCUUUGGGUCCGAGACGGUACGCGGGCAGAUCUUUGACGUGGGACCCCGCUACGGCAACCUGUCAUACAUAGGAGAAGGGGCAUACGGCAUGGUCUGCUCUGCCUAUGACCGGGAAAACAAAGUCCGGGUUGCCAUCAAGAAAAUCAGUCCUUUUGAGCAUCAGACCUACUGCCAGCGGACUUUGCGUGAAAUUAAGAUCCUGUUGCGCUUCAAGCAUGAGAACAUAAUUGGGAUAAAUGAUGUCAUUCGUGCACCCACUCUCGACCAGAUCAAGGAUGUUUACAUUGUACAGGACCUGAUGGAGACAGAUCUCUAUAAGCUGUUAAAGGCACAGCACUUGAGCAAUGACCAUAUCUGCUAUUUCCUCUAUCAAAUCCUGCGAGGCUUAAAGUACAUCCACUCUGCCAAUGUACUACACCGGGAUCUGAAACCCUCUAACUUGCUGAUCAACACCACUUGUGAUUUGAAGAUUUGUGAUUUUGGCCUUGCUCGGGUAGCUGACCCUGACCACGACCACACCGGGUUUCUAACAGAAUAUGUAGCCACACGCUGGUACAGGGCACCAGAGAUCAUGCUCAAUUCCAAGGGCUACACCAAAUCCAUUGAUAUAUGGUCAGUGGGUUGUGUUUUGGCUGAAAUGCUAUCAAACCGACCCAUCUUUCCUGGAAAACACUACCUGGAUCAGUUAAACCAUAUUCUUGGUAUCCUGGGGUCCCCUUCACAAGAAGAUCUAAACUGCAUCAUCAAUAUUAAGGCCAGAAAUUAUCUGCUUUCCCUCCCAACGAAGAACAAGGUGCCUUGGAGCAGGCUUUUCCCGAAUGCUGAUCCUAAAGCUUUGGAUUUAUUGGACAAAAUGCUCACCUUUAAUCCCCACAAGAGAAUAGAUGUAGAGGAGGCCUUGGCACAUCCCUAUCUUGAGCAAUAUUACGACCCAUCAGAUGAGCCUGUUGCUGAGGCUCCUUUCAAGUUUGACAUGGAGCUGGAUGACCUACCCAAGGAUAAACUGAAGGAGCUCAUUUUUGAAGUAACUGCACAGUUUCAGCCAGGCUUUCGAUCCUAACUCUAUAACAGCCCAUGUGGCACUGCAGGCCUCGACUCGCUCGGAUGCUGUUAAUCGUCACGCCAGCUUCUCCUCAGUGAUGUCUUGUGGUUCGUCUUGGCUUGCCUUUCCCAAACUCCCUGGCAACACAGUCCACUGUUAUGGAGAAGGGUUUUUUCUUUCCCUUCCCCCACCGUCAUUUCAAGUCAUGCCUACACUGACUUUUUGCUGACGAACAAGUCCCAUCUGCAACCAUCAUUGCAUGACCAGAGUGAUUAUCUCUAACCAGUCCAAGAUUUCACCUCAAGGCAGAAUGCACAACCUCUAAUUCACCCAGUUCUUAUAAAUAAAUGCAGAGAAGUUAUGGGUAAGCAGCUUGGCUGAAAUUCAGGCAGGGGAAGAAUAAUUGUGUUGGUAGGAAUUUGCAAUUGGUUACUUCACAUGAUAGCAAACUGGGAACUGGCUUCCGCAAGCCAUACUGUGCAUCUCUGGCCUAUUUUGUACCAUCUCCUAUUAUCCAGCCUCUAACUUUGGUGCAGUUGGAAAAAAAAAAAUAUAUGAGUCAAUAUAUGAAAAAGAACUUCAUUAUCAUCAAAACACUGUAACUGGCGCUUUGUGUCUGUUUUCUAUAACAGGAUGGUGGUGAGCAGCUGGUUUUUGCAACACAUCAGGCAAGCUUUUACCAGUUUUUUUUUUCUACCUAAAGAAGAUAUGUUCCCCUGCUGUUUUUCUAUAGGAGAAUCAAACAUUCCCUCAGUGUGCCUCACUAGCUGCAGAUCGGUGCCAUUGCUGCAAAUCUUUUCACCUUUGCCUUUUAAAAACAAAAGCUGUGGCACAUUGAUGAAUUCCUGAAAGUAGUUGGGGAUAACUGGAAUUGGGGGCAUGGUGGUCCCCUUUGCUGUCUGUUUUGUUCUGCCGUUUGUGAGGAGAAAAAUAUCUCUUAUGCUCUCUGGUCAUUGCAAAGAUGCAUUCAAAUUGUAUUAUUAUUUGUGGAAGAGAGUUGAUAUCUAAAAGCCCUACUGAAACACUGCACUCACCUCUCUUGAUAUUAAGCAUAACUGUUAAUGUGCUUAAAUAUAUAUAUGCAAAUAAAUCUAAAUCAUGAUGUUUUGACACACACACCCACAGUAAAAAAAAAAAAAAAAAAACUAUGAGGAAAAUGUCAGCAAAUCAUGGAGUCUCCUGGCUUUUCUAUUAUAAUACCUAUGUAAUAAGAAAGCCUUAAGCUUAAUGUAUCAGUCUUGUAAUGUGACUCUUGCAGGAUUCAGCAAGAACCAAAA